GACACAACGCCCGAACGCCGUGACGUCAGCCGUAAGAGCCAAGAUGGCCGCCAGCGAGUAACGAGGAGCUCAUUUUUAAACAUAACUCGUAUUAUCUCUGGAGUAUCUCGUCUGCUGUGCGGUUCCUGAGGGCAGUAAAGUGACAUCGAGCGAUCGGAUCUAAUCCCCCUGGCUCUUUACUCUUCAUCUGGACAUUAUUCGGGUACAUUUGCCCUACAAAGGCCAAGGACCAGAGGGCUUCUUAAUUUCCCGACCGAGGUCAGUCCGCCUGCAACAUGUUGUGAACGGCCUCUCCCAGACCGCAUUCCUCCAAACCCCGGGACCCCCCGGAUCACCCCGGACCACCUGGACCCCUGGAUCUACAGUUCAUCACUUCAUCGGUUCGAGACCCAAACGGAAAGGAUGGACUCCAGAAGGGUUCACCACAGAGCCCACCUGAGCAGCAGCGACUCCAACAGCAGCAGCCCGGCCUCGCCGUCCAGCCCGGCGCUGGGCGGCGCCAGGCCCGGCGUGGGGCCCGGGGCGCCCGGCACGGCCGGGGCGGCCAACGCGUUCGCCAACGACGGCAGCUUCAUGGCGAUGUUCAAGAAGAAAAUGGAGGAAGAGAAGAGGAGGAAAGAAGAGGAUGGGCAGGCGAGCGGGGAAGGACCCGCGACAGACCCCCAAGAACAGUCAACUGUGGACAAGAAGCCCCCCUCCGCGACCAGCUUUGUGGGGAAGCGGCGAGGCGGCGUGUUCCUAAAGACCGGCAUGGUUGCGAAGAAACUGAAACCGGACUCGGUUGCCGAGCCGGGUAAGAGCGACGCCUGGGCCAAGUACAUGGCCGAGGUAAAGAUGUACAAGUCGCACCAGUGCGGCGAUGAUGAUAAAACCAGACCGCUGGUCAAAUAACCGGCAGGCCUCUCCCCUCAAGCGACUUUCUGUUCUGGGAGGAACCCUGGAGCUGCUGGGGGUUUCCUAGUACAUCUGGAACAUUUUGACCCUGCCAGAAUCACAAUUCAUAAACACGAGUAGAAACCAGUUUCAUUUCCGCCGCUUUUUUGUAUCGUAAGGGUUCAUGCUUGUGUGCUAAAUCGGAUGUUUUCAUUUUUUAAAAACAUACUUGCAUACGUGAGCGAUUGCAAUAUUUUCAUAUUUGUAGCUUCUGAGUCGUAUGGUGGUUGAUUUGACUCGCUGGUGGCCGUGUGAAGUUUUGACGAUAUCCCCGUGUUGCCUGUUCGCCCCCCGCGGUCCUGGUUGAUCGGGGUCUGACCGUCGCGGUCAGUGCUGUAUUUCACAUCAGACUCAAACCUUCUGAGGUCUGCUGACACGUCUCAAGCCAAUGUUAUAAAUAAAAGUCUUUUCAAACUA